AUGAAUGGUAUUUUCCCAACUCUCUGGCGUAAAGUAUUUAUUAUUCCCAUUCCUAAAUCCAGCGAUUGCAACGCUAUAUCCAAUUUCAGACCAAUUUCUAUUCUGCCUUUUCUCUCUAAGGUUCUGGAAGCUGUUGCUUAUAAACAGAUUUCUUCUUUUAUUUUCUCAAAUAAUAUUCUUUCCCCUUAUCAGUCGGGUUUCCGCCCUGGUCGUUCUACUACUACUGCUCUUCUCAAGGUGAAGGAAGAUGUCCGAGAGGGGAUGGAAAAAUCAAAACUGACCGUCCUCAUCUUAAUUGAUUUUUCUAACGCAUUUAAUUCUAUUGAUCAUGAUAUCUUGUUGGCCCUUCUUUCUCAUUUGAAUAUCUCGUUUUCAGCUCAGGAAUGA